CGACAGACAGUCCCUUACUCUCAUACUUGAUCUAUAAUUAAGUCCAUCCCAAUCGCUGCACAUCAUGACUUUACAGCAACCCCAAUCAUUGCAUCUCUUAUACCUCGCAAUUCGUGCAUAUCUUGCAUAUCUUGCAGCCAUCGCGUGAGAGAUCGCCAUGCUCGCAUCUUCUCUCCCUCAAUCGCCCCCGUGCAGCCCUAUGGCCUCAUACUCAGAGCCUUCCUCGUGGGAUCCGGAGAUGGUAAAAUCCUUCAUCUAUGACCUCGAUCCCAUGUUAUUUCCACCGUCGUGUCCUCCGGACCUCGACAUGAUCCCUACCAUCUCUCUCAUGCCACAUCCCCUACUCGAGACCACCGUUCCACAAAUCUCGAGCACCACCACGGUCGACGCCACGCUGAGUCGAUCGGCCUCCCCGAUAAGCCAUAGCUCCUUCCGAUCGCCGUAUAUCUAUCCUCUGCACGACCUUCACCAUCUCUCGCCCCUGUCUCCGACCUCCGUUUCGGCCGCUACAACCGUAACCUCUGAGUCGGCGGCCACCACAGCCUCUCGACGAGGGACCAAGAGAGCACGGUCGCAUUUAUUCACAGAAGAGUCAUUGGGGAGCGACACUCCCUCGUCCCAAGACUCGGAGGAGGAGCGCAUCCAGGAGAAACGGCGCCGCAACAAGAUGGCUUCGCGGAAGUUGCGCCAGCGACAAGUCGAGCACGUCUCCGACCUGGAGUCACGGCUGGGUCAAGUGACUCGCGAGCGCGAUGAUCUACGGCUGCAGGUUGCCAAAUGGGAAGCGGAAGUCAUGGUGCUGAGAAAACUCGUUGGACAAUAGAUGGACGAUGACCCUGGGGACUGGCUUGAUGAUUUUACAGCUUAGCGGAGCGUUCCAGCGACAAUCAUUCUUGAAUUUUGUAUAUACCCAAGACCAUAGAAUCAUCAUCCUCGCUUUUCGUAUGCUGGUUUUUCUGGGCUUUGGCUUGCAGAGUGACUGAGCUGAUUGAUCACGUGUCGAUCACGUGUCACAUGUCCGCGUUUGGUCUCGAUGACCUCACCGAAGUAGGUGGUAGGGCAGCCUCACUUUUUCAAUUCG